AUGUUACGAAAGCCUUCGUUCCUCGUUGAGAACCAAUAUGAUACACCAGCUUCAUUGAUUCGGUCUAUGGAAGACCACGAUGUAGGUCCGAGGAACUUUCAAAUACGAUGGGGCUCAAUAUCUUCAACACAGCCUGUUCUUUCAGGCCCAGAACAAAUUCGCGUAUAUCACGAAUGGAUUGAUGCUGGGAAGCCUCAUAAUAUAGUUUGUUGGGAGUGCCGUCUCCCUGAUAGUCUGAUUGGUUGCCAGACAUGCUGUAGAUCCUAUCACACAGCAUGUCUAUUGGACGUGGUCCGAUCUGCAAAUAACUUCCAUUGUCCAUCCUGUCGGGCAAGAGCUUGGGAUCAUACACCACCCCAGUUCCCCGUACCAUCUCCCGCCCCAAGUACUGGUGGCACAACACCAAAGGGCUAUCCAGACCCAUCAUCUGGAAAUCUGCCAAUUCAUGGUGAUAGAUCAACAGCAUCACGGCGUCAAUCCUCACUGGUCCCGCGCAUGAUGCCUCCGCCUAAUUUCAACCGUAUUCAUGAAGUCGAUACCCGCGGCCCGCCAGCUGAGUUGUCUCCCGUUGCAGAGACGUACCCUCAACUUCUGGAAUAUCUAGCGCUGCCAGAUCGUGAGACAGACCACCAUGCCCACUCGGCACAAUUCAAGCAUCAACUGGGAAUGGCGAUGAAAGAGAUUGAAUCAAAUCGGGCGUCAAUGCGAGAAAAAGCAAGUAUUCAAGAGAAUUAUUCGAAUUUGCAACGCGAAAACGCAAAUUCAAGGGCCUCAUCACAGGAUUCUGCUGCUCCUAGCCCUUCGACAGUUUCACACACCGUCAUCUCAAGACCUGCGUCGGAGCAAAGGGGGAAGGCUUGGGACAGCAUUGUCCUUGACCUAUUUUGA